AUAAUGUCGCUACCUCUUCUAACCUUUAUUAACGCUUUCGGCCUCUAUCGCAACUUAUACAGAUCCCUAAUAGGCAUUUACUUUAUUAUUGUAGCACUUAGUACUCGUAAGCGCGAUCGUCGAGCAAAUGUCUUCCCUCUUAUACUAGGUCUAUAUAGAUCUAACUUUGCAGAUAUCGUAGAGGCUAUAAAGCUUCUAGCAAUACUCGACCGCGGUAUUGAGGUUUAUAUUCCUAGAGUAGGUAAGGUACUACUAGUUGCCUUUACUAUAGCCUUCCUCGGUAAUAUGCUAUAG